UUUAUGGUUUGAUUGGGUGUCGAGGUGUUUGUUGAAUGUUGAUUUCGAGUGCGGUGGCCGCGUAAUGCUGUUUGUUGUUAUUGCUAUCAAUUAGUGCGUCCAACAAACAUUUCAUCUUUAAGAUGGCUCCGAUGCGCGGAGAACGCGGCGGGUCGCCCGCUCGCGGCGCGCGCGCCUCGCUGCCGCUGCCGCGCCGCCUCAUCAGGCAGAUAGCGAGGCAUGUUGCCUCCAGCGGACGGUCGCUGCGCCGGCUAGAAGUCUCCGGAAGGGUUAUAGACAACUUCGACGACCUGGACGAUGUCUCGGACGAGUCGGAUUUUGAUGCUCCUCAGCCAGCCGCUGUGGCGUGCGGAGGCAACGCCGGCAACCUCCCGCCAGCUGACCACGACGAUGAUCUCACCAGCCUCAGCUGGCUACAAGACAGGAACCUGCUUAGAGGUAUUAAUUUAACUAAAAGCGACAUCGAGGAUUCGAGAAUGAUUGGCAGUCAUGUCAUUGUAAAGUCGGAGUCGCGCACGCCCCCGCCGCUCCCGCGACCGCCCUCCCCUCCUCGCACGCCGUGCAAAGCCCCCCCCUCGCCGCCCACUCCUUCAGCCCACACGAAGCCCCCCUAUUCCUUCUCCUGCCUCAUCUUCAUGGCCAUAGAAGCGGCGCCGGCCAGAGCAUUACCAGUGAAAGAGAUCUACGCGUGGAUAGUACGACACUUCCCAUACUUCAAACACGCUCCACAAGGCUGGAAGAAUAGUGUACGGCAUAACCUGUCGCUGAAUAAGUGCUUCCAUAAGGUGGCAGCCGCACCGGGCCUCGGCAAAGGUUCUCUGUGGACAGUCGACCCUCAGCAUCGAGCCACAUUAUUACAGGCGUGUUCACGUCACGGUUUGCAGGCGUUCGGCCGGCAGCCGAUCCCUGUGGCGGCCGAAGCCGAGACAGAAGCCCCCGCGAAGAGCGGGCCCGACCCGCAGCUGUUCCCCUUCCUGGCGAGACGGCUGGCGGGCGCCGCGCCGCCGCCCGAGGUAGGCGCCGGGGCCCCCGGACCCGGCGCCGAUGAGUACCUAGCUGCCGCUACCGUGCUCGCUAUGAAAUACGGGCCCGCUGUACUUGACCAGCUGCCCCCGGCCGCGUCCCUCGUGAUAUCCCGCUGCGCCCGCGACGAGCACUCGUACACGGCGGCGGGCGCGGGCGCGGGCGCGGGCGGCGGCGCGGAGCGGCGCACGGCCGAGGCGCUGCUCAACCUGGCGGGGCAGGCCGCGCCCGCGCACAGCUAGCGCCGCGCGCCCCGCCCCGCGCCCCGCGCCGCGCCCCGCAGCCACGCACGCCGGUAGGCUCGCUCCUAGUAAGUGUCAGCGUGGUUUGGCGACGAGGGAAAAUUCGCUUUCUUUGGCGACGAGGAAAAAAAAUCAUAUCUCUUUUUCUAAGGUCAUGACUACGUACUUUCUUCCGCUUGCAGUUGAUCCUUCUGCUUGGUGAUAUUGUCCGCUCGUCACAUAAAUUACUUAUGUACGUUCGCUAGGACGGAUAAUAACUGUCGACAUACAUUGAGUACGUAUUUGUUGGGGAUUGGGAGGGUAGGACCGAAAAACAACUUGCAGUAGUAACUGCAGCCUGCAUAGAAUUACUCGCAUUUAUAAGACCACGCCAAGCAAGUAGCAAAACUUACACAAAUGCAAUCUUGACACAAGAAAACUGGCGAAUGUAACUAUUUAGCAGUUAAACCAUCCUGAAUAUUAGCAGAUACUCAUUAAACCACCUUGUAAAGUGGUAUUUGUACCAUAUCGUGAGCAAUAAUACUCAGUACAUCGUAAAUAGUCAUUACAGAAAGUAAAAGAGAUAUACUACUAGAGAUAUGCAAAAGAAACUAAACCACGCUGACACAUAGUUUGAGCUCUUAGCGAAACUGUUUUAGUCUCAACUAAAACAAGAAUAAGUAAAGUUACCAUCACAUUCUUCCUCAAACGUCGCCUAUAUUUAAUUUAAAACAAACUACUUAAAAAUAAAGUUUACUUUGCGACAAAGACGUUAUAUAAAAAUGUAUACUUAUAGUGUAUCUUUAUGUGCUGUUUUGAGUGUUAUGAUUGAAAUUUGAGUUAAGGAAUAUAAUGUUCUAGAACCCCUAAACACUGGUUACACCUUCGCUUGGAAAGUUAAAAAAAAUAUAUUAUGAAAGAAAGUCUUCAAGGACAUAGUCCUAAAAAUAUCGGCAAUUGUUAAGUGUAAGUUCUAAGAACAAUAUAAAUCAAAAUGUGUUAAUCAAAUUCUAUUAUGUCUAUUGUCGCAAUUAUAGACAAAAAAUUAUGUUUACCAUACUCUAGUCCAAUAAAGACACCCACAAUAACGUUUAAAAUAUACACAGAUGAUUUACAUAUAUUUAAAAUAUUAAAUGAAUUGAAAUAUUAUUAGUUACGGACUCUUUUGUAGUUAAAAUAUAUUUUCAUUCGAUUUCUUCACUUGUAAAAACCAUCACUUAUUUUGGAAUCCAGUUUGCCUAGAAUUAAGCCAGUUAUAUUCUCUAGGAAAUGAUAGAUGACAAUCCGAGAUGAUGAUUAGAUAUAAAUUGAUGAAAUUGGUCAUUAAAUUGCAAGUGUCAACUUUAUAGAAUUACCGCCUUACCAAUAAAAAGUAAACAAGCGGUGUGUGUAAGUACUUGGCAGCCAAGAAAAGUUCAAUCCAAUUAUUUGAUAAUUGGAUUUAAUUUUGCUUGGCUCUCAAAAACUCAUACAUUCGUUCACCACUUGUUUAUUUUAUUUUGGUAAGGUAGAUGUCAGGUUUUUAUUUCCUCGAAUACUAAGAAAGGUGUCUAUCAACACUUCUAGCGAAUAGCUGGCUUUAAACUGUAGUGAAUUCAUAGUGAUAGAUGUGAUACUACUUAGUACGGAUAUUAUUUAAAGAGAAUGAAAAAUAGAUAGUUACUCCUUGCAUUUAGACUUUCCCGUUUACCAAUAGUCAAUCAUUCAUAAUAUUUAAUAAGCAAUUUAUUAAUUGUCUAAUGAAUAACUUUGUUGCCAUUUUUCCGUCGGGAUCUUUAUUAUUUUUAUGCCGGGUAUUGCCAGUAAUACAUAACCAUUUAUUAUUUUAAACUUUUAACAUGUUGCGACGGAAAUCUGGAGCAUUGUAGAUUUUAAUUUAUAAUUAUGUUACGUACCUACGUAUAUUUAUUUCGCUUCCUCUACGGUUGUAAUGGUUUUUAAUUUUAGCUGAAUUUAAUUUAAGCAUUAUGUGAAUAAUUGAAGAUUGCUGCGGAAAACUUUACGCAGCGAAUUAUAUCCGAUAAGGAAAGUAGGCUGAGAUAGGUUAGUUCUGUGAAGCUGAACUAUCUUAUGCCCGGAAAUUAUAUUAAGCGCGCAUAAGCAUUAAAUGGUGAUCGUUUAUUAAUAUAUAACUAUUCUAAACUUGAGCAAUAUAGGUUUUAAAAUAUACAAUAUUUAUGUAUAUUGUGAUCUGAGUACACGUGUAUAGUAUACCUCGUUAGGGCGAUCAAAUAACUCCCUUAUAAAAUAGUGAUACUUGAGCAUUAUAUUUAUAAGCGAAUCGUAUUUUGUGUUCAUAGAUUAAUCUACUUCAAGUAACUUACAGCUUACAAAUUGAGAAAAAUGUAUUUAUUGCAAUAAUAUUGUAAGAAUUUAAUAGAAAACUAGCUUUUCGGUGAAUACUUACGAAAAUGCUUUAAAAUACUUGUUAAACAAAACAUUAUUAUAUUAAAAUCUGUCAUAUAGAGGUAAUUAGCAGUAAAGGGGCGUUCGCCUGGAUUUAGUGAAAUUUUAAUAUUUAUGUAAGUGAAGAGUAAUAGUGGUAACCUUAAUAUUUUUGUCGUAGCCAACUUUCUCGUAAACUGUGUUCAACGUCCCUGUAUUGAAAUUAAUAUAUAACUAAAUAAAACAACUUUGACUAGGUAACAGAGAUAAUGUCUAUACAAUCUGUCGACUCAGUGUAAUGCAAAUACUCAAUGUAAUUCUCGUCUAUUUCAUAUAUAUUACAGAAGAAAAGAUAUUACUUUUUUAAUAACUUAUUCUGAAAUACAUUAGACUUUUAUCAGAAGAUGCAUUUGAGAUUCACAGGCACUCUCUGUUAACCUGUUUGUCAUAUAUUUACGUCACUUAUGAAAGUCGAUGUAAACACGCAAGCUUUUGACUCAAGUGCCUACUAAACGCUUGUAAUCUAUCACUUACUGUUUAGCUCGAUUCUAGAUUGGUAUAGUGUGAGGUAUGACGGUACACCAAUUAUGAUAAGGAAUAUUAUUCAUUUUCUUGUAUAUCUCGAAACUCGGAGUAUAACAUUGGCGCGAAUGUGAUGUCACUUUGUUUGUGCGUUUAUGAUUUGCGCGCCAAAAUAUUUUUCUUGAUAGUUAAGUAUCGACUUGUAUUGUCAUGUUGGUAACACUAGAUUUCGUUUUCAGUUUGCCAACAUAACAAUGUGAAUUUGAUGUUGAACUAAAAGUUGAGUCUUACUAAGUGCUCUUGGGGUUUAAAUAUUAAAUGUAAUUAAUUUCAAUGUAAUGAGGGAAUCGACAAGAAAUAAGCAUAGAUACACAAACUAGACUGAUGCUAUGACUGAUUAAAGAUGAAGCAAUAUUAUUUAUUAGUAAAAUGAAAGAAAAAGUUUUCAUUACAAAUAAAAUUUGAAUAAUUUUCGCAUGUAAAUUGUUUAUUGGCGAUUUGUGUAUUGUGGAUUUACUCAGUAAAAUCUGUUCAUAUGUAUAUACAUAUUUAUUGCAGUGCGUGAAAAAUAAUAUAAUUUUAUAAUUUGCUCACUUUUUGCCUGUAGACUCGACACAUUUUGUUUCUACUAGGGUUGGCGAGGACAGCGUAAAGACGAUCUUCGGAGAAUGGAAUUUAUAUAAGCUAGGUUCUACUAAAUAAGUGUUCCUCUGAGUUUCCAUAGUAAACAUAUUUUUGGGAAUUUCUAAGUGUAAUUCUAAUGUUUUCGUCACCAUAGGCAGUGGACAGGUCGCUACUAGCUGUGUGCCAAAUAACAUUACCUAUAGCGAGCAAAUUUAAAUAAUACCAGUAAUAUGAGUGUAUUUAUGAUAAAUAAAAAUACUAUGUUAUGCAUAGACUAGGUCAUAAGUGAUAUUAUAGUUAUAUAAUUUAAUUGCUAAAAUAUAAAUACAUACAUUUUGCUGUAUUUAGGAGCGUCUUCCAAUCUUACUCGUAUCGUUUUCUCUUAGAUAAUGUGCUGUUGGGGUAAAAAGUGAAGAUUAUUAAAUAUUAAGUGCUUGAUACACAUUUCACUUGCUUUCUCGUGUAACGGACCCAUCUAAGCGUGCUUAUAAAGCAUUGUAAAUCCGCACUGUUGUCAGUAAAUAGGAAUUCGAAUGAACUUUUUCCCUCAACAGUGCUCACUAGCCUUUCUUUCGGUAGUAUAUAUAAAUAAAGUAGAUAAAAUUUUACAGCAAUAACUAGUAGUAAUUUGCUGGUAGAUGCUACAUAUAAUUAUGUGUGAUACAUACAAUUUAUUUAUUAAGUGCUAUGUUCUAAAUAUACUUAUGAUCAUAAAUAACUUAGAAAUAAUAAUUUUCAGAACAUUAUGUUCUAUUUCAAAGUUAUUCGCGAUCAUAAAACUCUUUUUAAAAGAAGUUAUAUCAAUAUGAUAUUAAAAUUGUUGCGGCUCACAUUUUAUGGUCAAAAAUAUUUUUAUGAUUAAUUUAUUGCUUAGGUUAAUAACCCUGUUAUUUAAUUUGUCUAUUUAAGAGAUUCGUUUGUAAAACGACGGUUUUAAAACAAAAGUUGAAUGUCUUCGAUAAAUCAAGUGAUUUUUGUUUGAACUUCGUUUUAUGAAUUUCGUGGCGUAUUCGCUGUUGACUGACUUUUAUUUACAAACAGUCAACUCAAUAUUCAAUUUAUCCAGAAAUUUCUGGGUCUCAAAAUUUUAUUAAGUGGCAACCCUUACAAAUUUGUAAGCAUACAACUGCUGACAAAAUUCUCUCCCAUUAGGGGUUAAGAAGGCCACUAGAAAAAAGCAACAUUACUAUUUGACACUUCUUGAUAUUGCGCACUUAUUUUUAUAAGCGCAAAUGGCUUUUUAGAUGAAUAGUUUCUAUGUCCUCGUAACUCCCGGAUUUCCAGACACAAUAGACAAUGGGAUUUGGAUUUUAAAAGGCAUCUGGGCCUUACGACCAUAUGGCCUUUUUACCUUAUAAUCAAAAAUAUAAAAUACGAGUAAAUAAAACGUUUUACAAUGGGUAAGGCUUUUAUUUCUUAAUUUUCAAAUGUGUUCUAAAUUCAAAUAUUUGAAAAUCUCGUAGUUUAGCAAGUUUACAGCUAUUACGUUUGGUGAUUGGCUAAAUACGAAGGCGAAGCCAUUCAAGAAGAAAAAACAGCGAUUACGUCACUGUCGUAAAACCCUAGCUCGUAUUGGUAUGUCCGAACUAUAUUUAAGUGAAGGUAUUGUUGUUAUUAUUUUUGCCGGCUUGCAAACGACACCACUCUUUUAUGCUAUUGUUGAAAGUUAUUGCCAAAUUUUUAUUUGUCCUAAAAUCUUUUUGUCUUUGUACAUAUCCAUUAAAUAAAUUAUGUACUGAGAAUCA